CUGUCUGGAGUGGAAACGCUACAAAACUAAAGACGUUGUAACUCGGUACCGCCUCACUGACCCAAAUCAGCCCAGCAGAGCCCGUCACGUUUCCCUUGAGCACAAACAUAAGGCUGUAACGAUGUUGGUGAAGGAGUUAACUUCCAGUUCUGCUAACCGAACAGAUGCUUAAUUUCCUAUGGGGGUGGUUACCACUAUGGACCCAAAUCCCGGCCGGCAACCGCAGGCCCCGCCCCUGCAGCAGCAGUUAAGUGGGCAUGCCCUAGUAGGGGUGGGGCCCGGGCCUCGUGGAAAGCACUAUGUGUGUGGCUCGUUUGCCGCCUUCACCAACAUCCUCGUGACGUUCCCCAUUCAGAAAGUUCUGUUUCGCCAGCAGCUGCACGGAGUUCGCGUGACCGAAGCUGUCCGUCAGCUCCAGAGGGAGGGGCUUAGAAACCUCUACCGUGGGCUCUUGCCUCCCUUACUUCAGAAAACCACCACCGUAGCCAUCAUGUUCGGCCUGUACGAGGAUUUUUCCCGGUUGCUCUUGCGUCACGCCCGCAGGAGCGGCACGCCAGAGCUCGUCACGCGGAGUGUCGCCGCGGCGCUAGCUGGAACCGCCGAAGCCGCCCUCACGCCCUUCGAGCGAGUCCAAACGCUUCUUCAGGACCAUCGGCAUAACGGGCGUUUCAACAACACCGCGCACACUUUCCGGACACUUCUACGAGACUACGGUGUGAGGGAGUGCUACCGCGGGCUGGUCCCGGUUCUGUUGCGCAACGCGCCCAGUAACAUUCUCUUCUUCGGCCUCCGUGGGCCCAUCAAGCAAUGGCUGCCUGAGGCUCGGACCCGCGGGGGUCACAUGGCCAAUGACUUUGUGUGUGGCGGCCUGCUGGGGGCGGCUCUGGGCAUCAUGUUCUACCCGCUGAACGUGGUGAAAUCUCGUGCCCAAGCGCAGGUGGGGGGCGAGUUCGUGCCCUGCGGUCGGGUGCUGAUGACCGUGUGGCGGGAGAGAGGAGGCAGCAUCGUUCUGCUGUUCCGUGGCGCGACGCUGAACUACCAUCGAUCUCUGCUGUCGUGGGGUAUCAUCAAUGCCACCUACGAGCUUCUCCUGAAAGUUUUCUGAGAACACAUUUCAUCUGCCCAUGCCUAAAUAUAAAGUUCACUGAUAUUACUUGGCUACUGUAAGUGUUGUGAAAUGUAAUUCUUCUCGUAGUAUACAUUUUUUUAUCACUUUCUAGGGGGAGCUUGGGGUUCUGUGGGACAUGGGAAUAAAGCACAGUGUUGCACUACUGAAGAGCGUUUGUUUGUAUUAGAAACAUGUCAAGAGAUUCGGUGCAUUUAUAACACAAUCUCUGGACUGAAACACAGCGAGUCAUGUGAUGACGUGUCUUUUGUUAAGUGUAACUUGACUGAGUGUUCGUAAACAUAAGGACGGCAUCUGUGGACCAUCUGUCUGUACAAGCCCUUGAUGUUCGUGUUUUUGCCAAUCAAAAAAAGAGAAAUUCUGAUGUAUUCAUUCAAAGGUUUUCAUAUAAUGCUAUUUUAAGUGUCUUGUGAUCGGAGUGAUGUUUUCACAUAACUGUGGGUGAGAAGUAAACAAGUGAUCUCAUUGAACCGUAUCAACAUGAAAUAUGAAGUUACCUUUUUUCAUUUCUAAUGCACAAUUCUAGCAUAAUGCAGUUAUAUUCAGAAUGUUUAUGUUGUCAGAACUGCUGAUUAUGAUCAUCAGUAUAUUAAAGAGACGUCAGGAACUAUAGUGCAUGAACACUGACAGCGUAUCUAUGAGUAAAAGAAAUCUAGUUAGCCAAAGAGACAUUCCAUUGCUGUUUGCUGUUAGGCACCAAAUUCAACCCUGCUGAAAAAAACAAUAGAAACCCAACAGAAGACAUUACAGAAAUUCUAAUGGUUUCAAUUAAAACACCCUAAGAACCAUUAGCUUUUUCCAUUAAAACCAUUACAAAAUUCAUUUUUGUAGUGUGUUUUGGGCAUUAUUCCAAUUGGAUCACAUACCAGUAGAACCAUUACAGUUUCCAUUCAAACCAAUACAAAUCCAUUUAAACCCAUUAAAACCAUUAUAAUUUCUUUAAUGGUUUCUAUUGUUUUUUUCAGCAGGGUACAAAAAGGAUUUUUUUAUUUUACUUUGGUUACAAUUAGUUAACCAAAAUUCCUUUCUGUAGUGUGUAUUGGGCAUUAUUCCAGUAGGAUUCAACAUCCCACCAAUAGAAUCCAUCACAUACCAGUAGAACCAUUACAGUUUCCAUUUAAACCAAUACAAAUCCCUUUAAAACCAAUAAAAUCAUUAUAACUUGUUUAAUGGUUUCUAUUGAUUUUUUCAGCAGGGUGGAAAAAGCUACUGGGUUGUAAUGGUAUUCUAAUGGAAACCUUUAGAAUUUCUUUGAUGUUUUUUUUCAGCAGGGAAGGCAGAUCAAAUCAUUGAAAACGGACCAUUUUCAUAAUUGUUGUUGGUGUUUAGUUAAUGAUGUAGAUUUUGUGUUUAUUGAGUUGAAGUUGUGUAUGUGUCCAGCAGUCACAGAGGUACUCGAGGUAAAAUGUCACUUAGGGACGGCUGAUCUUACUAGUGAGCAUCUGUAGUGAACUGUGUGUUAUUACAGAAGCUGUAUUCCUGCAGACAGUAAAUCUCAAAGUGUUUUGGAAAGCUGGCUUCAUAAGAUUAAAGUUUGACGGAGGCUGUAGAAAGAGUAACAUUAAAACACUUUUUGUGUUUUAUUUGAAGUUAAAACCGUCAUGUAAAAAGAGAAUCGUUUAGUAAUGCUUUAUAUUUCAUAUGAAAACAUCUAUGUAACGGUUUUAGCACUCAUUUUGGAUGGGCUCAAAUCAUGAUGCUCACAUUAUAAAACGUCAUUAAAAUACUGACAGGCAUGCAUAUCAUACAGAAAUGACGUGUCUGCUGUUUGAAGUUAUACAGGGUUAAAUACUGUGGAUUGGAAUCGAAUGCACACACAAGAGGAUGAAAACGAGAAUUUGCCCUGUAUUGCUAAAUACAACAAGUCACAUCAAAUAUUUGCCCUCUGACGAUGCAGAAUCACCGUAAGAGACACAAAAGUGACAAUUGCGCAACCUCGAGUCAUUCUCAUGUUACUCUUCAGCAGAACACAAAAGAAGAUAUACAACAACACUGAACUCCAUUGACUUCCAAUGUAUGAACAGAAAACCACUGAGACAUUUCUCAAAAUAUCUUCUGUGUUCCACGGCAUGAGGAUGAAUAAAACAUGAGUUCAUCAUUUCUUUUACUUGAAUGAUGAAAGAGCUACAGUAAUUUGGGCUAGCAUUUACAUUUGGAGAUCUUUUCCAUGCAUCAAAGGACAAUUAAGAGAAAAGCCUUAAAAACUGGAUUUGACUAGAGAUUAAAGUACAGUCACUCACACAGAUUACAGUGAGUGUACCAGUAAACAAUCCCAUCAUUCUCUCUGUCUGCCCUGCAGGAGACUGAGUGAGUUUAGUCCCAGACAUAAUCUGUACUCUCCUCCUGCACACGCCCAUUCACUCUUGACUGAUGUGUGAAAAUAAAUCUGUGUUGGUGACUUGCUGGGUUGUUUUCAAGUUGUUCAUUUAAAUCAACAUAGAAAAAAAUCCAUAUUUUGACUCCCAUAGUAGGAAAAAUUACUUCAUAAUCUUUUUGUUCUGUUGAACACAAAAGAAGAUAUUUUGAAGAAUGUAGGACAGCAAACAGUUCUGGGGCACUUUUGACUACCAUUGUGUUUUUUCCUACUAUGGGAGUCAAUGGGGGGCAAAAUCUGUCUGGUUAUAAGCAUUCUUCCAAAUAUCUUUCUCUGUGUUCAUCAGAACAAAGACAUUUAUACACAUUUGGAACAACUGGAAGGAGAGUAAAUGAUGACAGAAUUUUCCUUUUUGGGCGAAGUAUCACUUUAACAACAAAAAUCACA